UAGUAGUGGCCGAUACACUGGUGCUGCUCUGUAGUUUUAUUGUAGUAACACACAUGAAGACUCAUGUUCUGAGCAGUACAUAGUUCUUCUAUAAACACAUUCUGGCUUCUGACAGUGACAAAUGACAAUAGAAACCCAUAUCAAACAGAUACAGAUAGUUUACAGAAGAUUAAAACCAGAAUACUAUCGCCCUUGCUGUCAUAUUUGUACCCAUCUGUAACAGCCGUAGUACACAGACCCUCUAUGUGCAGCAGCUUUAUCAUCUAUAUACAUCUUAUAACUGAAUUUGCUGGUCAGGAUGCUGAACGUUCCAUCCGCCUCAUUCCCAGUCCCCAGUUCCCAGCAGAGGGUAUCCGCAGGUGCCAGAAGUAAGGUUCCUCUGAAGCCUGGAAGGAGUCUUAUGGACUGGAUCAGAGUGACAAAGAGUGGAAAAGACCUAACAGGGUUGAAAGGAAGGUUAAUUGAAGUGUCAGAAGAAGAGCUUGCAAAACACAAUAAAAAGGAUGAUUGCUGGAUGUGUAUUAGAGGAAUGGUGUAUAAUAUCACUCCGUACAUGGAAUAUCAUCCUGGUGGUGAAGAGGAGUUAAUGAGAGCAGCUGGUACAGAUGGAACAGAUCUCUUUGAUCAGGUUCACCGUUGGGUUAAUUACGAAUCAAUGUUAAAAGAAUGUCUUAUUGGAAGAAUGGCUGUAAAACUUGUUUCUGCAUCAAAAGGAACAGUAUCAGAAACCAAGAACGAACAAUUUAAUGGAACACUACCUAAUAUCAAAGCGCCACAUGCAGCCAGUGCAGAGCUAACUCCUAGAUAUGACUGGUUCCAAACAGAUUCUACAGUCACACUUGUAAUCUACACCAAACAAAAGAACAUUUUCUCAGAAUCUGUAAUUGUGGAUCAUCAAGAAAAUAUCCUGAGAGUAGAGAUCAUGCUGGUGAAUUAUUCAUAUCUUCUAUUUCUUGAGUUAAACCAUGCAGUGACGAAGGAAAUUACAGUCCACUGUACAGGAAAAACUGGAAAGAUUGAACUUGUGUUGCUGAAAGAGGAUCCUUUUGUCUGGAAGAUGUUGGGACAGCCAUUGGAAGGCCAUAAGACAUUUGUUAAAAUCAGCAGCAGAGGAUUUUAUUAUAGGAAAUGCAGACUAGUUUCAAAAACAGAUAUAAAUCACAAUACCAAACUGUUCUGCUUUGAGCUUCCUCAGGGAUGUCAUCUUCAUGUACCAGUUGGAUAUCAUGUAUACCUCAAGCUCAACAUUUCAGGGACAGAUAUUGUGAAGCCAUACACACCAGUGUUAAGCUCUUUACUUCCGGACACUCUUUCUUCACAGUGCAAUACUGAAAAGUGUAUUUACAUGAUGAUCAAAAUGUAUCCAAAUGGAAGUUUUACCCCACACAUUGAUCAUUUGGAAAUCGGUGAUUAUAUUUAUUUAAGCAAUCCUCAGGGUGAUUUUCAGAAAUCAAAGGUUGAAAUGCUGGAGGAUGUUUUUCUUUUAGCGGCUGGAACAGGUCUAACGCCAAUGGUUAAGCUGCUGAUGCACAUUUUAACUAAUGUUUAUAGCCUUAGGAAGCUGAAUCUAAUUUUUUUCAACAAAACAGAAGAUGAUAUUUUAUGGAGAGAACAAAUUGAACAGCUGUGCUUAGCUGAUAAGAGAUUUGAAUCUCAAUUUGUCCUUUCCGAACCAACUGAAACUUGGACUGGAAGCCAGGGUCAGAUUUCACAUCAUCUACUUUCAGAGUCACUUACAAGGAGUAAAAAAGAAUCCAAAGUGUUCAUUUGCAUUUGUGGCCCAAAUGGGUUUGUCGAUCAAGGACUAAGGCUACUUCAGGAUCUUGGUUUUUCGAAAGAAGAAGUAUUUGUCUUCAGAGAAUAGUUAUCCUUUCUUCACGUUACUUUCUAAUAAUCUGUAAUAGAUAUAUAUACUGUGCAUUUAUGGCGAUGUUUAUUACUAUGGUGCAUAUUCAUGGGUGUCUUACACAAUGAUCUUUCCAAUAUUUUAAUUACUCAGGGUGUAGAGCUUCCUGGUUAUAUUUUACUUUUUUUUUACUUAUAAUUUCCAAUGUUAUUGUUUAGCAUACUAUAGUAAUUAUAAAGUAUGCUAAUUACAAUAGUUUAAUAUGAAUAAUUGUUGUUUGUUGUGUACUUAGUCCUAAUUUAUUUAUAUCUGUCAAAAACUAUAGUUAUGACACAGACAUAUGUACUGUAUUUUUACUACCCUUUAAAAUGCACCAGCUCAGGAAAUAAUUCAUAUGUAUAGUAUUUUGUCUUUUUUGAGAUGUGGAAUAACCCUGUCAAAUAUGCAAUAAAAUAUGGAAACUUCAA